AAUUCAGAGUAUGCUAGAAGAUGAAGAUGUUCUGCUGUAUCUAAAUUUCAUCCUGACAUCGACUAUUUGCAUUCCCAAGCUUUUCUUGGUCAUAAUGUUCUUAUGUCCUAUAUAAUUCCUUUUUUUUCCCUUUUUUUGUUCUUCUCCAUAAAUUAUUAAGUUGAAAUUUGAAACUAUUCUCUUAAGUUCUUCUGCCUUGAUUAAGUUAGUUGUUUUAUCCGUAGGUGUAAAAGGAGUUUAAAACAUGUAGUAGAGGAUGUAGACAAAAUGGUUCUUGUGCUUCUCCAUGCAUGAGGGCUGUUCUUUAAUUAAAUAAAUAUGUUGCUUUUUCAUGAAACUUUUAGUGUUGGAAAAAAUUUAAUCGAGAUUUUGAAUAAUUAGAGACCAUAACGAACUUCUUACCAGGAUAUUCACAUCACACUUUGGCAACCAGUUAUGACGACUGAUACGACCGCACCAAGUUAUUGGCUGAACUGGAGGUUCUUGCUGUGUGCAAUAUGGAUAUUAGCAGCUAUGGUAGGUGCAGCAAUUUUAAUAUGGAGGUUUGAAGGUUUUACUAAGUCAAAAGGCAAGCAAAGAGACUUUCAGAAGAAAAAGGUUGGAGUUUUGUACAAAGAUGAAGCUUGGAGGACCUCUUCAAAAAGAAUACAUCCUGCUUGGUUGCUGGCAUACAGAGUCAUUGCUUUCAGCAUGCUAUUAGGAAUUCUCAUUGGAGAUGUUGUUCUCCAUGGUGCCCGCAUAUUUUACUUUUACACCCAGUGGACAUUUACUACGGUUAUCAUAUACUUUGGGGCAGCAUCUUAUUUCUCGCUACAUGGAUGUCUCCAUUGUCACAAUGAAAUUUCCGGAGCUGAUUUUGUUCAUUCAGAUGCAGAGAAAGGAACUUACGUGGCCCCUUCACUUGGAGAGGAUGGAAAUGCACACUGCAGUCCAAGAAACUCCAAUUCACAUGGAGAGCCUUGUGCUCGUAAAACUGCUGGUGCAGGGGGUUAUGCCUUCCAAAUACUUUUCCAGACCUGUGCAGGUGCUGUGGUGCUGACUGACAUCGUUUUCUGGCUCAUACUCUUCCCAAAAGCGCACAGACUAAAUUUUUUUAAAGUUUGUAUGCAUUCUGUCAAUGCUGUUGCCCUCUUUGGUGAUGUGACUUUAAAUGGCCUGCGUUUUCCUUCCUUCCGAGUGGCAUAUUUUAUUUUGUGGACAUCGAUGUUUGUCAUUUUCCAGUGGAUUAUCCAUGCCUUUGUUUCUAUGCAGUGGCCAUAUCCUUUUCUGGAUUUGUCUUCUCCGUAUGCUCCUGUCUGGUAUUUGGGCGUUGGACUGCUUACAGUCCCAUGUUUUGGCAUCGUUGCUCUUGUAAUCAGGAUCAAGAAAUCUUGUUUGUCCCAGAAUAACAUUGGAACGUGAGGUGGGAUAGGAUCGAAUCCUUCUUUCCAGCAAACAGGUCUCUCAUUCUUUUAACAGGAUAUCCACUUCUUACAAGGAAGCUUGUGGAUAUAUUUACCCAAUUUUUUUAUGGGAAAUCGUCUCCCGUUUAGUUUUGUCAGAUCGGACAUUAUUAAUUGCCGAGUUGAGAAAUAAGCAAAUGUAAACUUUGUAAAUGCUAUAUACUUUCAAUGAGUUUGUUUGGAUAAGAGUUUAUUUGGAUGAUUUAUUUGAGAUA